CGCUUUUCUUUUCUCUUAUCUUUUAAGAAUACCAUACAAGUUGCCUAAAAGAAGGGUGAGAAGACACAUAAUGAAUGCUAGGUAACAGGAGCUCUGAAUCUCCGAGGCUGGGCUCCUUCUGAAUUCUUGAGCUCAAGGAUGCGCUCUGCCGGCUCCCACUCUUCCAAGGUGCGAGCGGGUGGUUUACUCCCCCACCCAGGACAGUUCAAAUAGAUACAAAGAGCCAUGCUCCAAAUCAGAAGGAGAUCUCUGGGGCCAUAAACCAAGAAGGAACUCAAAGUCAAGGCGAUGAGUAGGAUCUGAAGCAAGGAGGCUCCCAAGCACAGAUUUAAUUUUCCACGGCUGGAGACGGGCUGGAACGCUGUCAUGGGAAAAGGGGUCUGCUGUGUAGGCACCGAGCAUGCGGGGAGCUGGAAACGAACCAUCUGCAGGAAGCUGGGGGUGACCCCUUCGCCUCCUCUUUGAGCUGAGGACGAGGAACUACAGACAAGUGAGGAGGUUUUCAGCCACGUAGGGGUAUUGUCGAAAACGAGCCAAGCAAAAGAAACUGAAAGGCGAUGACCUUGACUGUGCCCUUGUGGCUCUUCCCAAUCCACGUUGCUUAUUGUCCAAAGUGAGUUAUGGAAUAGUCCACACUGCAUGGCAGCAGGUGAAAAACAUCUGGGGAAAGAACACGAUGGCCACCAUGACGGAAUUGAGUCCCACAGCAGGGAAGACUAAACACUCCCAAGAUACACGAGUGGAUGAGAGUCUCGUUCCCAAGAAAGUUCUAAGCUUCUGCUCCACUCGCUAUGGAAUAGCCUUUAUCGCACAUUUCUGCAAUUUUAUACUGAUGGCACAGUAUGCUGCCAUCAACAUCAGCAUGGUGGCCAUGGUCAACGGCACAAACCAUCAGUCCCAGUUUAAUGGCUCCACCGAGAGUCUGCCUCUUGAUGCACUUGGUGGCUCAAAUGAUGAGCCAAACAGUCUUCCAGCAGAGGCCCCUGUGUAUGACUGGAGCCCUCAAGUCCAAGGCAUCAUUUUUGGUUCUGUCAACUAUGGCAUGAUGCUGACAACGGCUCCCAGCGGGUAUCUGGCUGGAAGAAUAGGAACAAAGCGUGUGGUUGGCGUUUCGUUGGUUGUAUCCUCCCUUCUCAUUAUCUUUACCCCGCUGGCGGCUGACCUGGGGCUAGCCUUCCUCAUUGUAACUCGAACAGUCCAGGGCCUGGCCCAGGGCUCGAUAUUUGGGGGCCAGCACGCGCUUUGGGAGAGAUGGGGUCCUCCACGUGAACGAAGCCGCCUCUGCACCCUCGCUCUAUCAGGAAUGAUGCUGGGAACCUUCGCCAUCAUCCUCCUGGGUGGCAUCAUCAGCCAAACCCUCGGGUGGCCUUUUGUCUUCUAUAUCUUUGGAGGCAUUGGCUGCGUCUACUGCCUUCUCUGGUUUGUUCUGGUGUAUGAUGACCCCGUCUCUCACCCAUGGAUAAGCGUCACAGAAAAGGAGUAUAUCGUAUCUUCCUUGGCCCAGCAGGUCAGCUCUCGUAAGCAGCCUCUUCCGUUCAAGGCCAUGCUCAGGUCUCUACCCCUGUAUGCCAUUUGUCUGUGCAGUUUCAGCCAUCAGUGGCUGGUCACCAUACUGAUUGUAUACAUGCCAACUUACAUCAGCUCGGUGUUCAACGUUAAUAUCAGAGACAAUGGGUUCCUGUCUGCCUUUCCUUUUAUCAUUUCCUGGGUCACUGGUAUCCUGGGAGGCCAACUGGCAGAUUUCCUCCUGACCAAGAAUUUUAGGCUCGUUACCGUGAGGAAAAUUGCCACAUUUCUUGGAAAUUUCCCCUCUUCAGUGCUCCUCGUGGCUCUGUCCUACCUCACCCCUGACUACAUCACCACAAUGACCCUCCUCAUAGUCUCAUGUGGGUUAACCCCCUUCUGUCAGUCAGGGAUCUAUAUCAACGCCUUAGACAUUGCUCCGAGGCAUUCCAGUUUUCUCAUGGGAACCUCAAGAGAAUUCGGAUACACAGCAGCUAUCCUGACACCCACCGUCAGCGGGUUUCUCCUCAGUCAGGAUCCCGAAUUCGGAUGGAGAAAUGUCUUUCUGUUGUUGUUUGCCAUUAACCUAUCAGGAUUGAUCUUCUACCUUGUAUUUGGAGAUGCAGUUGUCCAAGACUGGGCUAAGGACAGGAAACUCACUCGUUUAUGAAGUUAUCUCACCUCGGUAGGAUGGAAAGUCACUGGGCACCUCUCUUCACAAAGGAGAAGCCUUUGGUGAUGAGAAGACCAGGGGAGAGAACCUUGUUUGCUGCCAUUCUUUUCACAUCUGAGAUCGGUUCUUUAUGUUGCUAAGAUUUCCUCCGGGGGAAAAUAUCCAAUGAAUGAAAAUUCAAAUAAAGUGAUAGCCAUGAACAAAGUUGUCCUCUUCAUGGAAUUCCCGGUGGAUUUAGAAGAACUGUUGUAUCAGAGCUAACUGGCCAGACUCACAGUUUCUGGAUCUCAAAACAGGAAUCGGUGUUUUGAGACUCUGAAUCUGAGGACAUAACCUCACUAGGACAAUAGUUUUUCCUAUUUGUAAAAGGGAGUAUUAAUUUGUAUUUGUUAGAUCGGGUAUGGUCUGCACGCCCCUGCCUUUGUGUGUUCCACUCUUCGCCCUGCUUAGGCCCCGGCAAGCUGGCCUGUUUUGUGGCCACACUCCCGAGUCCACUGGCCUCUGCUGGAUUUUCAAUGCAGGCUGAAGAGUGAGGACAGGGAGUAUCUCUGUCUCUACGGUUCCUCCUGUGGGGUCUGCCGGUGGCUGAUGCUUCCUCUACUGUUCAGAUCACCUGACUGGCAGGACUUCCACACAUUCUGGUGGCUUCUCUCUUCUCCUGUGCCUUCAGGCCUUUUUUUUUUUUGGCCUUCACUCCAUUCCCAAUCCUGUGUAAACUGUCUCUUUUAACACCGUCUUCAAAUUACCUACGUGGUGUGGGUCUGCCAUGUUUUCCUUCCGGGAACCAACCAAUUCGGUGGUUCCAUCAUAUAGAAAGUUCACAACAUGAAAUGGAUCAACAUGUUUGUAAAAUGGUAAUUUAUUGGUAUCAGUGGGUUAGAGCAUGUGCAGAGGGGCCGGGACCAUUUUCUCAGUUGCUCCCCGUGGUGAUCUUCACUGUGUAGACACUACGGCCAGCAAGUCAUUUCAUACAGAGGUGAUGUGGUGGUCACAGUUCUGAAUGAAAAGCCACGUCAAGAAGAUAGAGGUCAAAUCCGAAUAAAUCCAAAAACAAUUACUGAGAUCUUGCUCCAGUCUCGAAUCUAGGUCCUUGAGAUCGGAGAGUCACGAUUCUCCAGUCCAGUGUGGAGGACAGCCAUAAUGGCUGCCAGGGCAUGGUCUUAGGCACAUGGCAGAGGAACGUACCAUCUGUUAGGGGAGACUACGUGAAUGGUUACGAUCCCAUGUGGAAAAGCAUGGUGGGGGAGGAGGGAAUUCCUUCUGCAAGGAAUUCCUGAGCUAAAUAGGGAGUUUUAUGGUAAGAUUCCCCACAUUGGAGCCCCACUUGUACAAAAGCAUGGGAACAAGAAACAGGAUGGAUUCUGGGGUGCCUGGGUGACUCAGUCAGUGGAGGGCCCAACAACUGAUUUUGGCUCUGGGCAUGAGCUCACGGUUCGUCAGAUCGAGCCCCCAUCGGGCUUUGUGCUGACAGCAUGGAGCCUGCUUGGGAUUCUCUGACUCCCUCUCUCUCUGCCCCUGCCCCACCCAUGCUCUUGUGUGCUUGCUUUCUCUCCCUCAAAGUAAAUAAACCUAAAAAAAACCACAAAAAACAACAGGAUGGAUUCUGAAAGGAAUCAUGCACGAUCAGUUGGGAAAGAACAGAAGAUGAGCUUAGGGAGGGGGGGUAUGACCAGUGCAUAAAGGUCACGUUUGCCAUGUUAGGGAGCUUGAGGGGUAUCCCACAAAGCAAGAGUGACAGGCACAGAUUUUCUCUCUGGAUAGAACACUCUGGCCCAAUUCCAGAACCAGGAAGUCUAUUAAAUGACUGUCUGCAGUGUGGUCCACAUAGCAGUGAUGAGGACUGAACCAGGGAGGGAAGAGCUGGGGUGGAGAAGAGAGACACUAAGGAGUCGGGGUCUCUAACCUGAGAGACUGCACAGACAAGGUCCGAACACCUGGCCGGAGACUGCAAGAAGAGGAAUCCUUUUUAGAGGGAAGAUAACGAAUUGACUUUGGGACACGUUAGUGGUGAUAAUGAGAUAAUCAAGUGGGCAUGUGGAUUCGUUUCCUGGGGCCGCCAUUAUGAAGUGCCACCAACUGGGUGGCUGAAAAGCCGUAAUUUCUUGUCUCACAGAUAGAGAAGUCUGAAUAUGUCAGCGAAGUCCAUUCUGUCCACACGUUGAGGGAGAAUCGGUCCCGUGACUCUCUCUCCUGGUAGCCUCCGGAAUUCCUCAGCUUGAAGAUGGCCUUCUCCCUGCGUCUUCGUAUCUUCUUCCCUCUGCACAUGUCUGUCUCUGUCAAAAUAUGUCCUUCUAAUAAGGAUGUCCCGUGCUAAUGACAAGCUCUUCAUGUUGUCACCAUGAGUACUAAAGGGACAGGACUAUUGUAUUGAAGCCCCAGAGGUUCUGAGGCUGUGCCAUGCCUUUGUUGAGCCUUCAGGGUAGGCACUGAACAAGUAUACAGGUACAUUACAAUAAAACAAAAAAGUAAUUAUAUUUAUUAGGAAUCAAGACGUUCAAUGUAAGAGAAAAAGUCAAGAGCGUCAAAUCAGAGGUUCUAAAAAAUCCCUCAAACAUUUCAUUUGAAUUGGAAAUAACACACAGAGUUUGUAACUAAAAAAAAACAACACCUUUUGAAGUUCUUCCACUGAAGAGGCCUAGAAGCCAUGGGACCUAGGAGCAAUGAAUACUCAAUGCUUAGAGUGUGGUCUCUGGAUGCUUUUUCCUACUGAGAGGAACCUGCAUUCCAUGAGAGAGUCCAGGUCUGAGAACAGGAAAUACGCUAGAGGAGCUUGGAAUGUGCGUGUGCGUGCGUGCGUGCGUGCGUGUGUGUGUGUGUGUGUGUUAGAAAACAAGGACACUAUCCCAGACAACGAGGUCAGGUCUUAAGGACAAUAGAGACCGGCUUGAAUAGCUUCCUACUGGCCAAAGAAGAGACAAUUUAAGCGUCAAAAAAUAGGGACUCAGCAGAUUGAAACACAUCCAAGAAAACCCAGGAGGUCAUAAUUUUCCUUGGUCAGCUUUGCUAAGGCAUUAAAUUAUUAUUCUACAACUUUAUAAAGUAUCCUGACUUUCCUAUGACAUCUGUAUUUCAGGGUAGCCAAAUAUUAGAUUAGGCAAAUUUCUUAUUUUGUAGAAAAUUCCAGCUCCUACCUAAAGAAGGCAUGAUAGAAAUAAAAUAACGGAUCGUUUAGUGAUUCAGCAUUUACCAACAAAUGGCAAAGGCCAUAGGCUGAGAACUUCCAAUCAAGCUGAGAAGAUCUGAACCCACUGAGCAAUCUUAUGUCACUCAAAGUGAGACAGGCCACCACCGUGGAAGCCUCCGGCACCCCAUGAGUUCUUCUUGUCCUGGAUCUAAGCAAGCCUCUCCAUAUACGAGCAGUUUGGGGGCUAUAAGGGAUAAAGAAAUUUAUCAAACAACACUAAAAGGAAGGAAUUAGCCAAAUCAGUUAUGAAAGUCACUCUGCAAAUGGCCUUGUUUUGUUACGACGACUGUUGUUAUUUUUAAGUAACAGCAAAUAUAAAGUGAAGGAAGGAACGGUCACAAAAUUAAGGAGAGGUGAGAGUCAUAACACUUGAGUGCCACAGGCAGAUCUUGUUUGGAGCUUCAUUUAAAUAAAUCAAGUGUAAAAGGACAACUCUGAAGCAACUGGAAACAUUUUCAUAAUGACUAGCUCUCUGGUGAUACUAAGGGAUUACUGUUUUUUAGAAGUGCUGAUAGCAUGCUAGUUAUGUUUUUUUUUUUUUAAAGCACUAAUGAGUUAUAUAUCCAUGCUGUAUUUUUUAUGGGAGAAAUAACAUAAUAUCUGAGGUUUACUUUAAAAUACUCCAGAAAACAAGGGCGCCUGGGUGGCUCGGUCGGUUGAGCGUCCGACUUCGGCUCAGGUCAUGAUCUCGCGGUCCGUGGGUCCGAGCCCCACGUCGGGCUCUGUGCCGACAGCUCAGAGCCUGGAGCCCGCUUCGGAUUCUGUGUCUCCCUCUCUCUCUGCCCUCCCCCAUUUGUGCUCUGUCUGUCUCUGUCUCAAAAACAAAUAAAUAUUAAAAU